AUAAGUCCCAGGAGGCGGCCACUGGGCAGAACGAGCUGCGGACGCCGCGGGCCAUGGCGGGCGAGGACCACCAGUGGCAGGGCAGCAUCCUCUACAACAUGCUUGUGAGCGCAAAGCAACUGCGCGCGGCUCCUAAGGCUCCUGAGGCGCCAAGUGCGAGGCUGGGAGUUCCGUGUUGGGGCUGCUCUUGUGGUGCUGAGCCCCAGGUGGGCAAAGAGGGACUGUCAGGAGGGCGAGCAGUAACGCUUCUGUACCGCUGCUGCUUUUGCGGUGAAGACCACCCACGGCAGGGUAGCAUCCUCUACAACAUGCUCACGAACGCAAAGCAAAUGCACGCGGCUCCUGAGGAGCCCAAGCAGCGGCUCGGGGCUCCGUGCUGGGGCUGUUCGUGCGGUGCUGAGCCGCGCGUCGGUGAAGAGGGGCCGCUGGGCAGGCGGGCUGUGGCGCUCCUGUACCGUUGCUGCUUUUGUGGCGAAGACCACCCUAGGCAGGGCAGCAUCUUAUUCAGCUUGCUCACGAGCGCAAAGCAAGCGCAAGAGGCUCCUGAGGCGCCUGAGGCACGGUCAGGGAGCUCUUCCUGGGAGCUUUCCUACUGUGCACAGAGGGUGAGGGGUAGAGAGGGGGUGCCAAGUGGGCAGACCAUGGCGCUCCCGCACCGCAGCUACUCAUGCGGUGAAGACCACCCGCAGCGGGGUAGCAUCCUGUAUGGCAUGCCCAGGAGCGCAAACCAAACAUACGCGGUUCCAGAUGCGCAGAUGGAGGCCCUCUGGUGGGCCACCUGGUGUGGUGCACAGCGGCCGGUGGCUCUAAAGAGUCCACAGGUGGUCUGCGAGGCAGCCUCGGCUGGCCUGUUGAAGACGCUGCGUUUCGUCAAGUACUUGCCCUGUUUCCAAGUGCUGCCUCUGGAUCAGCAGCUGGUGCUGGUGCGCAGCUGUUGGGCGCCCCUGCUUAUGCUGGAGCUCGCCCAGGACCGCUUGCACUUUGACACAGUGGAGACCUCAGAGCCCAGCAUGCUGCAAAGGAUCCUCACCACCAGGCGGCAGGAGACCGAGGGUCACCAGCCACAGCCCCUCUCUACCUUGCAGCUACAACUGGCGUCGCCGCCAGGGGCUGGGCAGUUUCCCUCUGCCGCCACGGUCCAAGCCAUCAAGAGCUUCCUUGCCAAGUGCUGGAGUCUGGAAAUCAGUACCAAGGAGUACGCCUACCUCAAGGGGACCGUGCUCUUUAAUCCGGACCUGCCAGGCCUGCAGUGCGUGAAGUACAUUCAGGGACUUCAGUGGGGAACUCAGCAGAUCCUCAGUGAACACAUCAGGAUGACACACAGAGGGUACCAGACCAGAUUUGCCGAACUGAAUAGUGCCCUCUUCCUGCUGAGAUUCAUCAAUGCCAAUGUCAUUGCUGAACUGUUCUUCAGGCCCAUCAUUGGCACAGUCAGCAUGGAUGAUAUGAUGCUGGAAAUGCUCUGUGCAAAGUUAUGAAAGCAUGUGAGCUACUCAAGUGUAGUUUACCGGAAAGGAAAGAUAAAACACUGUUGGCAGAAGAGUGUCAAAUGUUAUGAAAAUAAACUUUCUUGUUAUUUUUA